AUGGACCUGAUCGUUCACCCGUGGAUCGACUCCGCAGCGGCAACAAUUGGUAUCGGACACUGGUUAUCCGACUCCACAGUGACCACACAACCUGUGCGUUGCCAUUCGCAUAACGACUAUUUGAGGAAUGUACCACUUUUGGACGCCAUUUCUGCAGGUUGCCCGAGUGUCGAAGCUGAUGUAUGGAAGGAGGAUGAUGACUUGUACGUGGCUCAUCGUCAUUUCCAACUGCAGGUCAACCAUACCCUGGAAAGUAUGUAUCUCAAUCCAUUACUCGAAAUUUUCGACCGUCAAAGAGAUAUAUUCUCAUGUGGACGAGAGAUGCCUUGCCAUUCCAUUUCGACUGCAAAUGAGCCUCCUGCUGGAGUUUUCGAGUCUGAUCCGGACCGGCCGCUGGUGGUCCUCAUCGAUUUCAAAACAGAAGGAAACACAACCUGGGAGAAGCUUCAGAGACAACUCGAGCCACUGCGACGCAGAAAUCUGCUCACGCAUUUCAACGGUACGCACAUUGUACCUGGCCCCGUGGUCAUUGUCGGCACAGGAAAUACCCCAUUCGACAAGAUAGCAGCAAAUGAUACCUACCGUGAUGUAUUUUAUGAUGCACCAUUGGAGUUGUUGGCUGAUGCGUCUCAAAUUUGGCCAAAUCCAAACAGAGCUCAAGCUGCAAGCUCUCAACAGCCGGAUAAUUGCAUCGAGCAAGGUGUAUUGCCGAGCAGCAUUGAACGAAGGCAAGUCAGCCGAUACAAUGGGGAAAAGAGCAAAUUCUCAAACCAGUACAACCCUCAUAAUAGCUACUAUGCUUCUGCUCAUUUCAAAAAAGCAGUUGGGCAUGUUUGGGGCUCGCGAUUGUCGCAAGAGCAAUUACAACGCAUUCGGGCCCAGAUCCAUGGUGCUCAUCGAUUAGGUCUCAAGGCCAGGUAUUUCGGUGUGCCAGCUUGGCCUAUUGGGCUGAGGAAUCAUAUUUGGCAUAUUCUGACACGGGAGGGCGUGGAUGUUCUCAGUGUUGAUGACCUGCGACAGGCAACUACGUGGGAUUGGAGGAAGAAGAAGGGUCUGUUUUUUUAG